ACGACCUUUUUGGUAUAAUAAGACAUCGCAAACUAUCGGCCUGCAUUAUUAUACAACCGAUAGUAUCCUGUGUUAAAAUAACAACACUGUCAUUUCUCAGCUCUAAAGUGUUAACGUCGUUAUUUACUUGAUUAUCCGUUUGCUACCUAACAUGGAGGAGCAACAUUCCCUCGAUAAUAUAGACAGCCUUGUUUUUCAGUUUGCUGUGAAAGUUCGACAGCUUUCUCAGAAGAAGGAUGAAAUUCAGCAACAGAUUAAAGUGUACAGAACUUGCAUUACUGAGAAGAAGUCUCACAUUGAAAAGAUGAAACAAGAUAUCAAUAAUCUAGAAGAGGAAAUACAAGUAAAGCAGAUCGCUAUAAAGUGGAAUAAAGAAAAGGCAAAAAGCAUGAAGACGACCAACAACCUGCUCCUUCAGUAUGAACAGACACUGAAAGCAGAACUGGAGAGUAGACAAAAGAGCUACAACCAUGACCAGGAGGCCUACGAAGAGAGGAUUGCAAGCUACAUAGAGACACUGCAGUCACACAAAGAAGCCUAUUUCCAAAACCCUGCCGCUCAGAAGCUCCUCCUGCUGCAAGCCGAGAUUCAGGAAAUUGAGAGCAGAAUUAGAGACUGUGACGACCACAUGAUGAUGAAACAGAAGGAGCUGGAACAUCUUAAUGGUCCACCUGUGAUGUCUUAUUCCUUAGAGAAGCUGCCAGACAGUGUUUUAGACCAACAGCCAAUGGCAGAAGAACAACCUGAGCAGCAAAGGGAGGACUGCUCCAUUGACAUCUCAUCUAUUGAUCUCAACCAAACAGCUGGUAGCCCUGAACCUACCAAAGAAGCAACCACAGAGGAGAUGAAUGAGGAAAACAAAGUCCAGGAUUCCAUCAGCCACCUUUCUGCCCCUGAGCAGAAAGAUAAAGAGCAGAUUUCUCAUCAGCAGUCAGAUGAGUUAGAUCCAUCUGAAGAGUUGCACGCUGCGGCAGAAGAUCAAGAACUUUCACAAGAGGAACAGCUGCAGCUUCCCACUUCACCAGUUCUAGAGGCUGUCCCAACAGAUGACCUGCAGGGUGAAGCCUCCGAUGCCGAGGAACAUCAAGGAGUCUACGAUUGUCCUCACACUUCUAUGGUAGCCAACCUAGAACCUCUCUCUACAAAAGAAACAUCCGUUUCCUCAACUCCAUUUACAUUCAACUUCACUCCCACCAGCUCUCCUUGCCAAGGCAGAGCUGAUUCCAAAUCUCCAGCUUUUGUGCUCAAUUUGAACUCCAACGAUAGCACCCCAGCAUUUCCGGGAUUUGGAUUUGAUAUGGGCUCAUCCCAAGAGGAGGAGUCAUCUUUUGGGUUUUCUGGCUCUUUUUUCAACGAGAAGAAAGCAUCAGAAUCUAAACCAACAGGCAGUAACGAGUUCCUGUUUAACGCAGCGGAGCAAAGUGAAGACUUUCCGUUUGCUUUUACAUCAAAAAGUCCUCAGUCACCCAAGGAGAACUCCAAAAAAGAUUUUCCCUUCUCAUUCAACUUCUAAGAAAUAUACAAGAAAAACAUUCAAAUAUUUUAUUAGGUUUCUGUUUAUUUCCUUGUGUUGUUUAGUUGGCAGUGAUGUUAGUUCCUGAAUCAGAUGUUUAAUAUUAAGGUUUAAUUGGGUAAAUUACACAAGGUGUAUGUAAUAACAGAUACCUGGAUAGACACACCAUCAUUAUCAACUUUAAAAACACCAAAGGUUCAUUUGUCUUUAAAGAUUUCUCUUAAGGUACAGUAGGUGUGAAUUUUACAUCAUUUAUAGUGUAACAAAGUGUUUGUUGAUCAGUUAAGAAAGGGCUGUUGAUUUGAAUUAAUACUAGAUAUAUAUUGUUUCAGUCACACACACACACACAAUAUACACAUAUAUCUAUAAAAAACAGAAAAAUUAACAUCUUAAACGGUCCCUUGAGUUGCACAGUCACAUGAGUCACAUAAUAUAUUCAGAUGAAACACAGAAAACUUGUAAAAUGUUAUUUUUUUUCCAGGAAUGACAUGUUAAAACAUUACCAGGAUGAUUUCUUUACUGAACGCUCCUGCUUACAUGCUUUAUGGCUCAGAAUUUAUGCAGUUUCAUUCUGUGGUUUUAAACAUAAAAAAAAUCCACCUAACAGCAUCUACAUUCAUUUUUUUUUUUUUUUGCAUGCACAAUUUUUGAUAAAUAUCCUGUAAAACUUUGGUCUGUGGCACCUCUGGCUGUCUGGAUUAUAGCAGCAAUUUGUGUAGGAAAAAAAUUGUUCCGAGCACCUUGGAGGAAAUACAAAAUUUCUCUGUAUUAAACGUGUCAGUCAAUAAAUGAAUACUGGUAA